AGGACCAGAGAUCAAGUGGUGACUGCUUUCUCAAGUCAACUUAGACUGUCCAUUGUCAACCUGACAAAGGCAGCCAAUGUAGCCAAAGUGAAGCAUGGAUUGUCGGCACAUGAAGCAUCGCUACUGGGCAAGAUGAUGGCCGGUGUCACUCUGUGUGCAUCAUUUCUGACAGAUGAGGAACGCAUUGCCGCACAAAUCAAGUGUGAUAACAGGAACCCAAAUGUGAUCUAUGCAGAAGCUAUACAGGUUGGUGAAGUACGUGGGUAUAUAUCAAACAGAGAUGUCACCAUUCAAAACAGCCAGUCAGUCGAUCGCCCUGAAGGCACGCUCAAUUUCUCAAAGGUUCUGUAUGGUCUGCAAAAGCCCAUAGAGAGCAUAGUACCGAUGAAUGAUUACUCAAUUUCUGGAGAGUUUGAUAACUACUUCUCACUGUCGGAACAGAUACCCAGUGUCAUUGCUCUUGAACACUCACUUGGACAUGACAAUGGUGUUCAGUUUAACGGCGGUUUGUUGGUCCAAUCGCUACCGUCGACACCGACAUCAAUAAUAGACGCAGUUCGAGCGAAUGUCCAAAAGUACAACAUUGAACAGCUGUUGAGCGAUGAGAAGAGGUCACUGGAGGACAUACUCAGAUUGAUGGCACCUCACGAAAUUGAGAUCAUAGGAAGCACCUUUGUGGAUUUCUUCUGCAGGUAA